AUGUAAUAAGAAUAGAUACCGCAAUAAUAAUAGAAUGUCACUCCCAAAAAGUAUUAAUUAACAACACCAACUAAAGACAAAAAGUAAAAUAAAACUAAUUAAUCUACUACUAUACAAUCACCUAAAAAUAACGAUUUUUAUUCUCCAAAAAAUGUUAAUCCUUGGAAAACACCUAAAUCUUUAUUAAAAAGCAAUCAUAAAUAAAACACUCCUGAUCAUUGUAUUCAAGCAUCUCCAUAUAGUGAUAGAUAUAUACCAUUAAAUGUUUCAAGAAAUUUAUUUAAUAAACAAAUAUAGCCAUUUGAAAUUGAAGAAGAGAAUUAAUAUGAAGAACUAUUAAGUGAAAAUGUCUUAGAAAUUGAUGAAAAUAAACAUGUAAGUAUUUUGAAUUUCAAUAAAUAAAAACACGACAAAGUUCAAUCUUCUAAAUAAUUAGAAACACCUAAAAGAAAAAUAGAUACUCUACCAAUAAAAGUAUUAGAUGCACCUGGAUUAGAAGAUGAUUUCUAUUAAGACACACUUCAUUGGGGAAAAAAUAAUCUUAUUGCAGUUGGUUUAUAAAGAUGUGUGUAUUUAUAUAAUGUUGACAAUUCAAAAGUAUUUUAAUUAGCAGAACCAAUAAAUAAUAAUGAAUUAUCUGCAUAUUAUACAUCUUUAUAAUGGAAUACAAAUGGAUAAUUAUUAGCAAUUGGAUGUUGUGAUGGUUCUUUAAAACUCUGGGAUUAUAAUAAAAAUUCAUUUAAUGGUUCUAUGAAUCUAUCUAAUAAAAGAAUUAGUACUAUUAGUUGGGCUAAUCCAAAUAUAUUUGCUUAUGGUAGUAAAGAUAAAACAAUCAGUAUAUGUGAUGUUAGAGUUCCAAAUUAUUAAAUAUUUUAAUUAUUAGGACACACUUAAGAAGUAUGUGGUGUCACUUUUGAUGGAAAUGAAUUAUAAUUAGCAUCAGGUGGUAAUGAUAAUAAAGUAUUUGUUUGGUAAAUGAGAGGAGGUAAUAGUAAUAAUAAUAAUAAUAAUUAAUAUAUUUCAUGGGAAAUUAAAUCUCAUAAAGCUGCUAUAAGAGCUUUAGCUUGGAAUCCAAAUUCAUGUGGUAUAUUAGCUACUGGAGGUGGAAAUUAAGAUAAAACAAUUAAAAUUCAUAGUUCAUUAACAAAUUAAUAAAUUACUAGUAUAAAUUGUGAUUCACAGGUUUGUAAAUUAAGAUUUUCAAAAAUUGUUAAUGAAUUAGUUUCUACACAUGGUUAUGAAAAGAAUUUAGUAUGUUUAUGGUAAUAUCCUACAAUGAAAAGAGUUAAUUAAUUAGAAGGUCAUUCUGAAAGAGUUCUUUAUUUGUCAGCAAGUCCAGGUAUUAAAUUUUUAUAAUUAUUUAUAGAUGAAUCAACUAUUCUGACAGGAUCUGGAGAUGAAACACUUAAAUUUUGGAAAAUAUUUCCUAGUUAAGUUUCAAAUAAUAUAUCCUCACUAUUUUCCAUGUGUGAAAUUAGAUGA